AAAAUUAUCUGAUUACAAGAUUAGUACGCUGGAGUGGUUCGUUCAUGACGGCCGCUAUAUAAGCUGAUACUAAGACCGCCAAGUUUGUAUAUGUCACUAGCACAGUCUCCAUCGAAGAUGAGAUUCUUAUUGUAUAUAGGUUUAAUAAUAGCAGGCUGCAAUGCUCAGCAGAAGCAAGAAAGGCGUUUCCCGGAUGAUUUCAUCUUUGGUACAGCCACAGCAUCUUACCAAAUUGAGGGGGGAUGGAACGCUGACGGUAAAGGUGAAAAUAUUUGGGAUCGUAUGACUCACACUCAGCCUCACGUCAUCAAGGAUUAUAGUAAUGGAGACAUCGCUGCUGAUUCCUACAAUAACUAUAAACGUGAUGUCGAGAUGAUGAGGGAAUUGGGCUUGGAUGCGUACCGGUUCUCUUUGUCCUGGUCAAGAAUUCUGCCAAAUGGCUUAUCAUACAAGAUCAACGAGGCUGGAGUCACCUUCUACAACAAUUACAUUAAUGAAAUGCUUAAAUAUAACAUCACGCCGAUAGUUACGCUCUACCAUUGGGAUUUACCACAGAAAUUGCAAGAUUUGGGAGGUUUUAUUAAUCCACUCUUCCCUGAAUGGUUCGAGGAUUAUGCUCGCGUGGCUUACGAGAAUUUUGGCGAUAGAGUCAAACACUGGAUCACGUUUAACGAGCCCAGAGAAAUUUGUUACGAAGGUUAUGGUUGGACUACUAAAGCUCCUCUCCUGAAUGCUACUGGUAUAGGUACUUACUAUUGUGCCAAAUAUUUGCUUCUGGCCCAUGCAAGUGCAUAUAAAGCCUAUGUUAAUGACUUUAAGGCCACUCAAAAUGGCGAGUGCGGUAUUACUAUUAGCGUAAACUGGUUUGGUCCUUUAACUGAUAGUGCAGACGAUGAAUACGCAGCUGAAUUAAAAAGGCAAGCUGAGUGGGGACUAUACGCAAAUCCAAUAUUUUCUGAAGAUGGUAGCUUCCCCAAGGAAUUAUCAGAGGUCGUCGCAAAGAAAAGCCUUGAGCAGGGCUACAAAAAGUCACGAAUGCCAGAAUUAUCCGACGAAGAGAAGAAAUACAUUCGAGGAAGUUCCGACUUCUUCGGAGUGAACCAUUACACUGGUGCUUAUGUAUCCGCUGAAGACAAUAAGGGAAAUUAUAUAACACCAUCACUGCUUGCUGACAUCGAUGUUGGCAGUUACGUACCACCAGAAUGGCUCUCAUCUGCUUCUACUUGGUUAAAACUAUCACCAAAUAGUUUAUACAACAGUCUGACGCAUCUCCAUAACAAAUACAGAAAUGUAAAGUUCUAUAUAACUGAGAAUGGUUGGUCUACAACACCAGAUAGUGGAUUAAUAGACGAUGAUAGGGUUUUGUACUAUAGAACGGCGUUGAACACCUUGUUAGAUGCAAUGGAGGCUGGUGUUGAUGUGAAAGGCUACAUGGCGUGGAGUCUGAUGGACAACUUCGAAUGGAUGGAAGGAUACAAAGAGCGUUUUGGUUUAUACCAUGUCAACUUCGAAGACCCGGCUAGGACGCGAACUCCAAGAAAAUCAGCGUUCAUUUACAAGCAAAUCCUGAAGACGCGUGUUAUCGACCCCAACUAUGAACCCGCUACCCUCACCAUGUGGAUCGAUGAAGGACAUUAGACUGAUUAUAUUUAUGCCAACAAUUAAUCAUGUAAAUAAAUUAUUAUAAGUGU